AGAUGCGAGGAACUAGCCAAAUCAUCGUCCUCCUUCUACCGGAAAGUUUACUCGGAGUAUCGGUUUGUAGAUAGAGGAAGUUGGAUGGGAAUCACUGAGGAGGUUAGGUGGAGAUUUAACGUUUUUCAGCUUUCACAUUCUAGAUAAGAAGGGAAGAGCACACAUCUUAGAACUUCAACUCGAUAGAGACUAUCCUAAAUCCCCACCUUCUCUUUCCGCGGUCUCUUACAGCUUUUUUACUCUUUCUCUCUCUCUAUAUGCUUAGUGUGUGUGUGUGUGUGUGUCUCUAUCUCUUUAGGAUGUGCCAUGCAUGUUUACUUUAGAAUGGUCAACAAUUUCAAGGCUGAAGGAUGUGAUGCACCAGUUCCGAAAGCAUCUGGACAGUCUUCAAGAGUUUUGGUCUGUCUUGGACGAUAUCGACAAGUCUCUUUGUGUUGUUGAUGCUAAGCAGCCAUCUCGUGCUUCUCCUAUCCGUCGGAUUCGUGCUGGGAAGGAUUGCAACAUCAUUGCUCGUAUCAACUUCGAUGACCCUAAAUCCCUACCAGAGUGCCGGUUUAUUGGUCCUGAGCCUGUAGCUGUGAACUACUUGUAUAUGAUAUGGAGGAGAAAUAGCAGAAAAUGGUCAAAGGAAAAAUCAUUCCCUGAGAACCUCGAAUGUGUUCUAGGUACUGAGCUUCCAAAGCCUCUAGGUCUCCAAGUGGAAGAUGAUCAUCAGCAAGUUGAAUGCGGGAUUUGCUAUGCCCAGUUUCUACCAACCGAUGAGGAGCUCGGAGCUAGAAGUGGGACGCGAACGGACUACUCAUGCGAAAACAUCAGUUGCAACAAGUCUUUCCAUAGCCUUUGCCUCACAGACUGGUUAAGGUCUAUCACAACAACAAGACAGUCAUUUGAUGUUCUAUUUGGGAACUGCCCUUACUGUUCAGACCCGGUCGCAGUCAAAAUUAACAUGAACAAAAUAGAUUAGAUAAACCAUCCUCCUAGUCCCAAACCCAUACUUCCUAGUUAUGAUUUUGAAUGCUCUAGUGAAACAUGAUAUAAGUGAGAGUUAGGUUGGUCCGUACAAUGAGUGAUGAAGCAGUGAGGACAAAACUCCCUUUUUCACUAUUUUUAUUUAUGUACUGUUUUAAGAUGGAGCUCAUGUAGCUAUUCAGUAAGAAAUGUGAAUGUACCCUCAAUUUUUU